AUGGGCGCGGGCCAGUCGGCUGAAUAUAAGGGAGCGUCUCCUGAGGAGCUGAGUUACGUGCUCGCGGAGCGCUUUGCGACAAAAUGCUUCACACCACUGGAGCUCACGCACUUCAAGGACAAUUUUUUCUCUCGUGCCGCUGAGCAGGGUGGUCUCCGGUAUUGGAACGAAAAAAUCCUUUCGGAAACCCUCGGCGUCCCGGAUGGCAGCUUCUCUGAUGCCAAGGAGAACCGCCUCGACGCCGGGCCUGUCCUUUUCCGCAUGGUCUCAUAUCUCGGCGCAUUUCCAUUCCAAAAUUCAAUGGCACCGAGCGUUCUGACGUUCGAGGCCAUGGUCAAGGUGGCGGUCCUACUGACCGAAAGGUACGGGAAAGUGUUGCGAAGAGGCCGCAAGGAUCGGAUCAAACUGCUCUUUGGCAGUCUCGCCGAUGUCGGAAGAAAGAACCUCGGAAUUGCUUCUGAUGAAACUCCUGGUCAAGAUGAGCAAUCGGUUGCAGAAGCCAAUUCUUCAGCUGUCAAUUCUCACGCCCCCGGCUUUUCAAUUGACGAGCCAGCAAAUGACGACUAUGACGAAGACGAAGAAGAUGACCUUGCGCUAGCAGCACUAGAAUCACUAGAUGCAAUUGAGGUGUUUAAACAUGACCACCGUGUCGAUCGCACCGUCUACGAAACCCGCAUCUCUCUGGAUACCUUCCGUCGACUACUCAUGCUGCUGCUCGUGAUUGCGCCCCUUAAGCCUUUGGAGCCUGUGCAGAUCUACACGACUGAUCUAUCUGCGGAAAGAGUUGAGGCACUUCAAAAAGAGGCAGACAGUAUCAUUGCGGCGUUUUCGCCGGAGGAGAAUGAUGGUGGCAUCUCGUAUCGGGCUUUCGCUCGAACAAUCUCAUCAUCUUUGCCGUACCUUUUUGACCCCCUUACACCGUUAUUCGAGCACCUUCUUUUCAGCAAGAAUCUGAACCUUUCCCGAAAACAAGGGAACGAGGGACAGGAAGAGGACACCAUUGAGGAAACGGACGAGAAGACUGAAAAUAUUCCUCCACCUGCGCCAAUUAUGCUUCCGGGCAGUUUUGAGUCCACAAUUUUAAACUCGACACUUCUGUCACAUAUCUCAUUCUUCUUGCCUUCAGCCUCGGCAUCGCUCAACCUUUUCCGAAACGACGUUCGUCUCCAUCCGGUCUUCUCGACAUCUGCCCACGGCUCCUCCUUAACAUCCUUCUCCCACCACGUCCUUUCCUGGCAAUCCGCAUCUUUGCUCAUCCUUCAAGGUGCACCUGAGGGCGACGGCGAGGAGCUCAUCACACUCGGUGCCUAUCUCCCGCAAACAUGGAAGUCUUCUUCCUCAACGCACAGCACUUCCACAUCCCAAGCCUCCAAUUCACUCCCCUGUCUCUUCCAGCUAUGCCCCAAACACCAAGUCCUCCCCGGAAACCCGUCGCCAUCUAUUGAGAAGAAGCAGAACCUCCCAGCAGCGUGGUUUUCGACACACUCCGGCAUCGCCAUCGGUUGUCAGAUACCCCCACCCUCUCGCAGCCACCAGACACAUCCCAGCCCGCAUGGGGCAGCAAGUCUACUCAUCGACGUUAACCUUGAAUCAGCAGAGCUGCACGUCGCGCCUGUAGGACACGAUGGUGUCUUCCUGCCCUCAGGCACUGCAUCUCCCGAUGAAAAACCAACGAAGACUCGGUUAGACAUCUACUCUCUCGAGAUUUGGGGCGUCGUCCCCGACCCCCAGGCAUCUGAAUCAGACUCUGGUUCUAGCGCAAUAGACGCGCAACGAGCAAAGUGGGAGUUUGAGGCACGCGAGGCAGAGAGGCGACGAAAUAUCAAUCUGAAGACCGGAGCUGGCGACUCGGCGCAAGAGAGUGCGCGAUGGCUAUUGGAGACGGCGGGGAUUAUUGGGGACCAGGGGAGACCUGGUGGCAGUGUUUGA